GCGUGGACUCGGCUGCUCCGCGACCCGCUCGCCGGCCCGCCGGCCUAGCUGCCGCCUGCCAGGCUCCCUGAGCGUGCCGAGCGCGGGUCAGCGGCCGGGGCGGAAGGCCCGGGGCGACGCGGAGAGGGCCGGCCGGGAUUGAGGUGCGCCGGUCUCUAUAUGGCGGCGCCUCUGUCCGGCCUGGCUGUCCGGCUGUCGCGCUCGGCCGCCGCCCGUUCCUAUGGGGUCUUCUGCAAGGGGCUGACCCGCACGCUGCUCAUCUUUUUCAACCUGGCCUGGCGGCUGCGCAUCAACUUCCCUUACCUCUACAUCGUGGCUUCCAUGAUGCUCAACGUGCGCCUGCAGGUCCACAUUGAGAUCCACUAAAGGGCCUCCCGUGACUCACCGCAGCUGGACUGCAUGCACGCGCGCCUCAGAGACCCAGCAUGAAGGACACAAGAAAGACGCUAGACACCUGCCGAGCCGGAGUGGUGGCAGAAAGAGACCGCUGGGAAAGACUCCUGCGGGGCCUGGACAGAACCCAGAACCCAGAAGCCGGCCCGCAGGGGCGGAACUUCCCAGAGCCAGGCCUCGGGGUUGGAGGUGAGGCAGGCCCUGCGCGUCACCGACCUCUUGCUCCGAGGGCCGGCAAGAAGAGACGCCAUCCGCGCAGCCGCUGGUCCCUUUUCUGCCGCAGAAGUGCGUGUGACCGCGGAGACCAUGUGCGGCGCCGGCGAGGCUCCAGAACGGGACUGGCCGGCAGCCUGCCACAGGAGAUGCUGCCCGGAAGGAAAACCCCAGGGCCGAAACUGCCGGGCGUUUUAAAGGCGGGACCGCGAUGUGCUGCGGCCUGAGAGCAGGAAACACCUCACAGGGCAUGCGGACAGCGAGCCCCGCGCCGUUGGAAUUGGCAAUUCCGGGCCACCGCCACAGUAGUUAAGGCACAAGCAGAACAAUAAACAGUAGCGAGAUUAAAUUUAGAGCCGUUUUAGGAUGAUUUCUUUCGCAUUAAGGCUGGAUGCAACAGCCUGACCCCUCGUCAGCCCCCUGCCUCGACUGGUUCGACCAGAGUUACGGAGAACCCCUCGCGUGGGUGCAUGUGGGAGGCGGCACCCAGGGGGCGUUCUCAGCGGUGAUAUCUCGACAGUCACCUCGAGAAGCCGGCGCGGG